AUGGCAGAAAGUUUCAAUGCAUGGAUCUUGGGACCAAGGCAUAAGACUAUUAUUUCAAUAUUGGAAGAAAUCAGAAUUAAGGUGACGAACAGAAUUUCUAAGUCAAGAGCAUUUGCUGAAACAUGGACAUAUGAUAUAUCUCCAAUGGCAAUGAUGGUGUUCAAUGUCAAUGUAGAGAGAUCAAUGCAAUGUAACAUUGAUUGGAAUGGUGAUGAAGGAUUUGAAGUGUUAGAAGGGUCAUAUUGGCAUACUGUGAAUUUGGGACAAAAGAAGUGUAGCUGCAGAUCAUGGGAACUGAAAGUUCCAAACAUGAAAAUGUGGCCAAAGAGUACAAAUCCAAUUGUGGAGCCACCUGAAUGUGCUGAACACUCACAACAAUCCUCUAAUGGAAUUAAAAGGGGUAGAGGUCAAUGUGAAAGAGGAACUCCUAGCACUAGAGGUGGAGGAACAAGUACUAAAUGUAGAGGAACAAGUACUAGCAGUAGAGGAGUAGGUGUAAGAAGUGGUUACAAGAGACCAAGGGUUGUGGGACAAGGUGUAUUUGUUGCUGAAACUGGAUAUACUGCAAUUAAUCAAGGAUUGGCUAGCAGUAGAAGGGUGAAUACUGGUGUGAGGAGUUCUGCACUUGUUACUUGUGAUAUUGGUUAUCACCCCACCAAAGGAUUGAAGUGGAAAGGCAAACAAGUUGUAACUCAAAGGGAACUUCAAGUCCAAAGUGCUAUGCAUCGCAUCAAAACCAGGUCAAAAGCUGUUGGGAUUCAGACGAGGGCACAAGCCAAGGCAAAGUCAACCUCAAAAGCUGCCAAGGGAAAAACUCCCUCAAAGACUGCAAAGACAAAAGCUGCUAAGGGAAAAUCUCUCUCAAAGAAAACUUAGUGCAUGUGUUGAUGGUGAAUGUUAGACUGACUGUUAGUAUUCAGGUGUUUGUGGUGGUUGUUCAAUCAAACUUAAACUAAUGUGUGUUAUUGCCUUUUGUUGUUUUAAGUGGAUCUAGAUGUGGCUGUUUUUUGUUGAAACAAUUGAGCACUUUGGUGCAGUUAUGUUUGUGAAACGAUGAAGCAUUUUGAUGGUGUUAUCAAAUGCAUCUAUCUUAUGUGGUAUC